AUGGCGGACGAAAAAAAGGCAACCGUUCACGUCGCCGAGGAAGGGGGCGUCGUGGCGCAGGCCGAAUACUUUGACCGCCUCGCGAAGCGCUCCGCCCGCCGCCACCGCCUCGUCACACUCGCCACUCUCUUCCUCUGCGGCCUGUGCUACUAUCUCCUCUUCGGUGGAACCCUCCCGGACUGGCCACACGAGCUCCAGCCGAUUUCGCUCAUGUCCGACGGCUCGCAGGGGCACUGGUCCCCGUGGAGCUGGCUCACCCAUGCGCUUCCACUCGGCCAUCGCCCCGCCUGUGCCGGCCACCGCGGCGGCAAGCCGACUCAUGACCCCUUCAACGAUUCAGCCAGUGAAUACGGUUACCUGUCGUACCUCAGCCGCUCGGUAGGCUUGCGCAAGCCACUCCAUCACGCGCUGAGCGUGAACGGCAUAGCCUGCAUCGAUGCAUCGCGCGGCGGCAUCGGCUUUGGCAACAAGGUCGAUGUCUCCAUCGCUUCCUCUCCUUCCCAGCUGGAAGGCUCCAACUUGGAGCAGAUGUAUGAGUCGCUCUUCCUCUCCAUCCCGUCCGCUGAAGGCGCACGCGCAGCAAACUUGCUCUACGCAAACCACACCCAUGUCAGCUCCUCCAAAGGUGACCGCAACACAGCCAUAUAUACGGCCAAGCGCUGGGGCGAGCUGCUGGGCGUUCAGAUGCCCGAAAAGAUAGGCAAGAUCGUCUACGAGGCAGGCAGCACCGAGUCCCAGCAAGCCGUCAAGGGCUCCGACGGAGAGUCGGGCCACUACCACCACCACCACCGCCGCCGCCGCCACUUUGGCACUGAGAGCAGCAAGAAUAGCAAGGGCAACAAGGGAAAGCAUGGGAAACCACACUAUGGCCCUACUACGGACCCGCGCGUGUGGAUUGACACAUACCACGUCUGGAUCAACACGCCGCUCAACCAGUCCCUCGUCCUCACCGCCUCGCCUUCGGCCGCGGUCCCGCACCCGGAGCCGAUCUUCACCGCAAGCCUGACCGAAGACCAAGUCGGCGACGACCCCAACAUCCCCGCCGAGGUCAGCCCGACGUAUCACGGCUACUCCAAGUCCGGGCGCGUCGACUAUGCACAGGUUGUCUAUGCCAACCUUGGCCGCAAGGAGGACUACGACGCGCUGGACGCAGCGGGCAUCUCGCUCCAGGGCAGGGUCGCGCUCGUGCGCUACGGCGGCCCGUUCCGCGGCCUUAAGGUGCGCGGUGCGGAGAUGCGCGGCGCCGUCGCGUGCCUGAUCUACACAGACCCGGCCGAAGACGGCGCGGUGACGCUUGCAAACGGCUAUGCGGCUUACCCUGACGGCCCGGCCCGGCAGCCGUCGAGCAUCCAGCGCGGCAGCGUCCAGGCGCUGUCGUUCUACCCAGGCGACCCCUCGACGCCGGGGCGGCCGAGCUACAAAAACGCGACGCGCCUUCUCCCGCAUGAGGCUGACUCGCUGCCGGCGAUUCCGUCGCUGCCCCUUUCGUACCGCGACGCCGCGCCUCUGCUGCGCGCGCUGCAGCACCACGGCAGACCCGCAUCCGCCAUGGGCACCGGCCGUGACUGGGACGGUGCCGUACCCGGCAUCGCCGGUGAGUACUGGACUGGUCCCGCGCCGGACGUCGUCGUGAGUCUGCAAAAUUUUGGCGAGCUGGCGGUACGCAAGAUAUGGAACGCCUACGCCGUCAUCCCCGGCCACGUCGCCGACGAGGUCGUCGUGCUCGGCAAUCACCGCGACGCGUGGACCUUUGGCGCUGCCGACCCGUCUUCGGGCAGUGCCGUGUUUGAGCAGAUCGUCAACGGCCUCGGCGCGAUGGUCUCCAAAGGCUGGAAGCCGCUGCGCACCAUCAUGAUCGCCUCGUGGGAUGCCGAGGAGUUCGGUCUUGUCGGUAGUACUGAGCACGCCGAGGACUUCCCAGACUGGAUCAAGGCGAACGUUAUCAUGUACCUCAACCUCGACAUCGCCGUCUCCGGCUCAGCCUUUGGCGGCAGGGCCAGCCCGAGCCUGGUAGACCUCCUCGCGGACGUCGCGGCCAAGGUCGACGACCCGGACAGCCCGCUCGGCGCCAACGGGAAGCUCGCGUUCCCCCGCGGACAUGCCCUCGGCAGCGGCAGUGACUUUACCAGCUACCUCCAGCACCUCGGCAUCGCGAGCGCCGACAUGAGCUUCAGUAGGAGGGAAACCGAUCCCGUCUAUCACUACCACUCGCAGUACGACUCCUUUAACUGGAUGGACAACUUUGGCGAUCCCAGCUGGAAACGCCACGUUGCCGUCGCCAAGGUGUUUGGCCUCGCAGCGUUGCGCAGCGCGUCGAAUCUCUUCGUGCCUAUCAAUACCACGGCCUACGCCGAGGAGCUCGGAAGGUACGUGCAAAAUGUCGAACGCCUCCCCGCCGCCCCUGCAGCCGCCACUUCCGCUGCGGCGGACUUUGGGCCGCUGCGCAGGGGCGUCAAGCGCAUCGUCGACGCGGCUGCUGCGCUCGAUGCGACCAAGGAGCGCCUCGCGGCCCGGCUGCGCAAAGCUUUGAAACACGCGCACGAGGCCGACGAGAUUGAAGACCAGCUACCUGCUGAGAAGCACAACAACCAUGACGGGUCGCGGCCGGACCGCCGCAGGGGGAGAAGGGAGGCUCGACAGGAGCUACGCAGGAUCAUCACUGAGAUCCGCAGAGUCAACGCGAAAGCGACCAAGUUCGAGCAGGGCUUCAUCUCCGAAGACGGCCUCGUCGGCCGGCCGUGGUACAAGCACCUCGGCGUUGCACCUGGCAGGUACCUCGGCUACGGCGCGACGACGCUGCCCGGCGUCACGGAAAGCAUUACGCUCGAUGGCGGCAAGGGGACGCAGGAGGAGAUCGACAGGCUCGCGGCGCAUCUGGAGAAGAUCGCCGCGCGGCUUCUGGUUGCUGGUGCGCAAUGA